GCGACGCCGACGGCCCUCCACCUCUGCCUCCGCUGGUUGCCUCCGUCGCCCUCGACUCCGACGCCGCCUCCUACCCUGAACCCGACUCUGACGCCGACGCCCCUCUGCCUCCCUCUCGCGACCUCUAGUCCGCUCGGUGUCGUACUGUUGGAGCUCAUCGCAGGCAAAAGGCCUCUAGACCCCGAGUUCGGAGAAUCCGUCGACAUGGAGCCAUUUUUCUCUGUCCAUCUAUCGGCUAUGUUUCUUGGGGAGGUGCAACAGGGAUUAAAUGUCCAGCAGGUAUUAACCAGGUCCUUCCUUGCGGCGUUGUGCUUCCACGCAUACCAGCAGGUCUCUUACAUGAUACUACAGAGGGUAUCGCCAGUGACCCACUCUGUAGGAAACUGCGUGAAGCGUGUUGUGGUCAUUGUCAGCUCAGUUCUCUUCUUCCGAACUCCAGUUUCACCCAUAAAUUCCCUAGGUACGGGAGUGGCCCUUGCUGGAGUAUUUUCUGUACUCACGCGUGAAGCGCAUUAAGCCCAAGCCAAAGACUGCUUGAAGGACCACCAAUGAUGCUCCGGAAGAACGAAACAAUAUCGGUAGUGGCAGGGUCCUAUGGAUACAUUGCGCCUGAGUACGGAUACACCAUG